UGUGCUGCUCUUUCACUCUCAUCAGAUAUGCAAUGUCUCACCAUCACAUGAAGAUUACACUUAGGCUGCUAACUUUAACUAUAAGGAAACAGUCACAUCUGACUCAUAUCCGUGGAUGAUAAAUGAAUUCAUCAGCCUCCUGUUUAGAGUUUUUUUUUCCUUUUAGUUUAAGAAGAAGUGUUUAACUUUUUUUCUAGUUCCAGUACUUUGGACCACAUCACAUUACAGCUGCAUGUGGCUUCAGCAGCUCCAGAGCGAUGUCAUCUCUACUUUCUCACAACAAAGAUCAGCCGCACAUUAGAAAGUCGCUCUCUGACUCUUCUCCGACUUCUUCCGCUGCCACCACCAGGAGCCUGAGGCAUGAAAGACUGUCAAGAUUGAGCUCAUCUGGAUCGUCUGAUGUUUCCAACGACACAACAACAAACCACGCAGAGUCCUACUUCUUACGCAGAGAGAACAGACUGUCUGCGAGGAAAAAGGCAGUGGAAGAGACAGAAAACAAUGACUAUAAAAAGAUGUUUGAAAAGGCCCUGGCCACAAAUCAAAGGCUCAAAUCCAAGUUGGAAACAAGUAAACAGGAACUCGUCAUGAUUCAGGACCAGCUGCAGAGAGCUCAGAAGGGAAGAGCAGGAGAUUGUGGCUCCACUGUGCUCGAGGCAGAGAAGAAGGAAAGCUGGAGUCUUAAAAAGAAAAUAACAGAUAUGGAAGAACAGUUGAAGGUUAAAGCAGAGCUUAAGAUGGAGAACCAGAGACUGAAGGAUGAAAAUGGAGCUUUAAUCCGUGUCAUCACCAAACUGUCCAAGUGAGACAAGGAGAAGGAGGAGGAAAAGAAGAGGACACCAGAAGCUAUAUUUAAAUGUUUAUCAAUAAGGAGUAUCCCCAGGAAGAAUGAUUGUCAUUUUGUAAAUGUUAGUCCAUUCUUCACAAGUGUACUGUAUUUAAAAAAGUUAGACUGCCUGAAGGAAAAUACAUUAAAAUACAUUUUAUACUGUAUAUUCUUUAAAUAUUUCUACAU